AUGACUGAUGGCAUCCUGGCUUGUAUCAGAAAUAGUGUAGCCAGCAGGACCAAGAAAAUGAUAGUCCCCCUGUACUCGGCACUGUGCUCAGACAAGUCAUGCUUGAGAACUCCUUCUCUAAAAAAGAGGGUGAUCGAUAUCAACUUGGAAGGGAAGAAGGACUCUGGAAUGCUAAAAUACAUCAGACACCAGGUAAUGAGCCUCUCCCCUGCACCCUUGUCACUGCUAAUCAAGGCAGCUCCUAUCCUCACAGAAGAGAUGUACGGGGACAUCCAGCCAGCAGCGUGGGAGCUCCUGCUCAGUGUGGAUGAGCAUAUGGCUGGAGCAGCAGCUGCCAUGUUCCUGCUGUGUGCCGUGAAAGUGCCAGAGGCUGUUUCUGACAUGCUGAUGUCCGAAUUUCAUCACCCAGAGACGGUGCAAAGACUGAACGCCAUUCUCAAAUUUCACACGCUCUGGAGGUUUAGGUAUCAAGUCUGGCCAAGGAUGGAAGAGGGAGCACAGCAGAUCUUUAAGAUCCCUCCUCCAAGUAUAAACUUCACUCUGCCUUCUCCCGUCCUGGGGAUGCCAUCUGUGCCAAUGUUUGAUCCCCCCUGGGUCCCUCAGUGCAGCGGGAGUGUGCAAGAUCCUAUAAAUGAAGAUCAGUCGAAGUCAUUUUCAGCCAGAGCUGUUUCACGUUCCCAUCAGCGAGCAGAGCACAUCCUGAAGAACCUGCAGCAGGAAGAAGAGAAGAAACGCCUGGGCCGGGAAGCCAGUCUCAUCACUGCCAUCCCCAUCACUCAGGAGGCCUGCUACGAGCCAACCUGCACACCAAGCUCAGAGCAGGAAGAAGAAGUAGAAGAAGUUGCCAACCUGGCCUCCCGCCGUCUCUCUGUGAGUCCUUCCUGCACCUCCAGUACAUCUCAUAGGAACUAUUCUUUCCGCCGCGGCUCUGUCUGGUCAGUGCGGUCAGCAGUCAGUGCAGAAGAUGAAGAACACACUACAGAGCAUACUCCAAACCAUCAUGUGCCACAACCACCCCAAGCUGUGUUUCCAGCAUGCAUCUGUGCAGCAGUGCUCCCCAUUGUCCAUUUGAUGGAAGAUGGAGAAGUCCGGGAGGAUGGAGUGGCAGUAAGCGCUGUUGCUCAGCAGGUCCUGUGGAACUGCUUAAUUGAAGACCCCUCUACAGUUCUGCGCCAUUUCCUUGAGAAGCUCACUAUCAGCAACAGACAGGAUGAGCUGAUGUAUAUGUUAAGGAAGCUUUUGUUGAACAUUGGAGACUUCCCUGCCCAGACAUCUCAUAUCCUCUUUAACUACUUGGUGGGACUAAUCAUGUAUUUUGUACGCACUCCGUGUGAGUGGGGCAUGGAUGCCAUUUCUGCCACACUUACCUUCCUUUGGGAAGUGGUGGGUUACGUAGAAGGACUCUUCUUCAAGGAUCUCAAACAGACUAUGAAGAAGGAACAAUGUGAAGUGAAGCUGCUGGUGACUGCCUCAAUGCCAGGCACAAAAACCCUUGUCGUGCAUGGACAGAAUGAGUGUGACAUCCCAACUCAGUUACCAGUCCAUGAGGACACACAGUUUGAGGCUCUUCUGAAGGAGUGUCUGGAGUUUUUUAAUAUACCUGAAACACAGUCUUCUCAUUACUUUUUAAUGGAUAAGCGAUGGAAUCUUAUUCAUUACAACAAGACCUACGUCCGUGACAUUUAUCCUUUCCGGAGGUCAGUUUCUCCCCAGCUCAACCUGGUGCAGAUGCAUCCAGAAAAGGGUCAAGAGCUCAUUCAGAAGCAGGUGUUCACUCGCAAGCUAGAAGAGGUGGGGCGAGUGUUGUUCCUGAUAUCACUGACACAGAAAAUCCCUACUGCCCACAAGCAGUCCCAUGUAUCUAUGCUCCAGGAGGACCUCCUCCGCUUGCCUUCAUUUCCCCGAAGUGCCAUUGAUGCUGAGUUCUCACUAUUCAGUGACCCCCAAGCUGGGAAAGAGCUCUUUGGUCUGGACACUCUUCAGAAAAGCUUGUGGAUUAAGCUGCUGGAGGAGAUGUUCCUUGGCAUGCCCAGCGAGUUCCCCUGGGGGGACGAGAUCAUGCUGUUCUUGAAUGUCUUCAAUGGUGCCCUGAUCCUGCACCCUGAGGACAGUGCCUUGUUGAGGCAGUACGCUGCCACAGUCAUCAACACAGCUGUGCACUUUAACCACCUCUUCUCCCUCAGUGGGUACCAGUGGGUCCUCCCCAGCAUGCUGCAGGUAUACGCUGACUAUGAGAGCAACCCACAGUUACGCCAAGCGAUUGAGUUUGCGUGCCGCCAGUUUUACGUUCUGCAUCGCAAGCCCUUUAUUCUGCAGCUGUUUGCAAGUGUGGCCCCUCUCCUGGAGUUCCCUGAUGCUACAAACAAUGGAACCAGUAAAGGAGUGUCAGCUCAGUGCCUGUUUGACCUGCUGCAGUCUUUAGAGGGAGAUACGCCAGACAAUUUGGACAUCUUAGAGCUGGUGAAAGCAGAAAAGCCUCUCAAGUCAUUAGACUUCUGCUAUGGGAAUGAAGACUUGACCUUUUCGAUCAGUGAAGCCAUCAAGCUGUGUGUGACAGUGGUGGCCUAUGCUCCUGAAUCAUUCAGAAGCCUCCAGAUGCUGAUGGUCUUGGAAGCACUGGUUCCCUGUUACUUGCAGAAACUAAAGCGACAAACUUCUCAAGUAGAGACCGUGACAGCAGCUCGUGAGGAGAUUGCCGCUAUGGCUGCCCUUGCCACCUCUUUGCAGGCCCUCUUGUACAGUGUAGAAGUUCUCACCAGGCCUAUGACAGCCCCACAGAUGAGUCGAUGUGACCAAGGCCAUAAAGGGACGACAACAGCAAACCACACCAUGUCAGCAGGUGUGAACACCAGGUACCCAGAACAGGGAGCGAAAUUACACUUUAUCAGGGAGAACCUUCAUUUACUGGAGGAGGGCCAGGGUCUUCCCCGAGAGGAGCUGGAUGAACGAAUUGCCAGGGAGGAGUUCAGGAGACCGCGGGAGUCAUUGCUGAAUAUCUGCACAGAGUUUUACAAGCACUGUGGUCCAAGGCUGAAGAUUUUGCAGAAUCUGGCUGGUGAGCCCCGAGUGACUUCUCUGGAGCUGCUGGAUGUGAAGUCCCACAUGAGAUUGGCAGAAAUCGCACAUUCCCUGCUGAAACUGGCACCUUAUGACACGCAGACGAUGGAAAGCCGAGGUCUCCGGCGCUAUGUCAUGGAGAUGCUGCCCAUCACUGACUGGACAGCUGAGGCGGUGAGACCUGCCCUUAUCCUCAUCUUAAAGAGAUUGGAUCGUAUGUUCAAUAAAAUUCACAAGAUGCCUACUUUGAGGCGCCAGGUUGAGUGGGAGCCUGCCAGCAAUUUGAUUGAAGGGGUUUGUUUGACACUUCAGAGGCAGCCAAUCAUAUCCUUCCUGCCUCACCUUAGGUCUCUGAUCAAUGUGUGUGUCAAUCUGGUGAUGGGAGUGGUAGGACCCUCCAGUGUGGCUGACGGAUUACCCCUUCUUCAUCUCAGCCCUUAUCUCUCGCCACCUCUGCCCUUCAGCACAGCUGUUGUCCGGCUUGUAGCAUUGCAGAUACAGGCUUUGAAAGAAGAUUUCCCCCUAAGCCAUGUCGUCUCCCCAUUCACCAAUCAGGAAAGAAGGGAAGGAAUGCUUUUAAACCUACUGAUUCCAUUUGUGCUCACAGUAGGAUCUGGAAGCAAAGACAGCCCCUGGCUGGAGCAGCCUGAGGUCCUGCUGCUGCUCCAGACUGUUAUCAAUAUCCUCCUGCCACCUCGCAUCAUCAGCACUUCCCGCAGCAAGAAUUUUAUGCUGGAGAGCUCCCCUGCCCAUUGCUCCACCCCAGGGGAUGCGGGGAAGGACCUGCGGCGGGAAGGGCUCGCAGAGUCCACCAGCCAGGCUGCCUACCUGGCCUUGAAGGUGAUCCUUGUUUGCUUUGAACGCCAACUGGACAGCCAGUGGUACUGGCUGAGCCUCCAAGUCAAAGAGAUGGCACUGCGGAAGGUGGGAGGGCUGGCCCUGUGGGAUUUCCUCGACUUUAUCGUACGAACACGGAUCCCUAUCUUUGUGCUCCUUCGGCCCUUCAUCCAGUGCAAGCUGCUGGCCCAGCCUGCCGAGAACCACGAGGAGCUGACUGCCCGACAGCACAUCGCCGACCAGCUGGAGAGACGGUUCAUACCGCGCCCGCUCUGCAAGAGCUCCCUCAUUGCCGAAUUCAAUAGCGAGCUGAAGAUCCUGAAGGAAGCAGUGCACAGCGGGUCUGCUUACCAAGGGAAGACAUCUGUCAGCACCGUGGGCACCUCCACCUCCGCUUACCGCCUGAGCCUGGCCACCAUGUCCCGCUCCAACACCGGCACUGGCACGGUCUGGGAGCAGGACAGCGAGCCUUCCCAGCAGGCCUCGCAGGACACGCUGAGCCGCACAGAUGAGGAGGAUGAAGAAAAUGACUCCUUGAGCAUGCCUAGUGUGGUAAGUGAACAAGAAGCAUACCUUAUGGGUGCCAUUGGGAGGAGGCGGUUCUCCAGCCAUCUCUCCAGCGUGUCUGCACCUCAGGCUGAGGUGGGCAUGUUACCCAGCCAAAGUGAACCUAAUGUCCUCGAUGACUCCCCGAGCCUGGCCACUGAGGGCAGCCUCUCUAGGGUGGCAAGCGUGCAGAGCGAGCCAGGACAGCAGAACCUUCUUCUGCAGCAGCCGCUGGGGCGGAAGAGAGGCUUACGGCAGCUUCGACGACCGCUGCUGUCACGUCAGAAAACUCAAACCGAACCUCGUAGCCGUCAUGGAGCUCGACUUUCAACCACGCGGCGGAGCAUCCAGCCAAAACCAAAACCUAGCGCGGAGCAGAAGCGGUCGGUGACUUUCACUGAAGCCCAGCCUGAGGCAACAACAGCCUCCCCCGGGGACCUGUCGGCUCCAGCAGCCCAACAGCCGGGCUGCAGCCGCAGCAGCCCCCAAGCAACCAGCAAGCAAGAACCGCAGAGUAAACCUGUGCUGACUUCCUCACCUGCCAUCGUUGUAGCUGAUCUCCAUAGCCAGACCACUGACCAGAGCGAGGCACUUUCUGCCGAGAAGGAGAAGGAAAAAGAGGAGGGCUUGGAGUCCCGGCCAACAACAGCACAAAGCACCCCCCGCACACAGCUCUCUGACACCGAGGACUACGCUGGCCUCGAGACCACCAGCUUGCUGCAGCACGGGGACACUGUCCUUCACAUCAGUGAGGACAACGGGAUGGAGAACCCCUUGCUGGCCACUCACUUCAGCUUCACGCAUGUGGAGCUUGGGGAGACUGACGUCGAUCUAGAUGAAUCUCACGUUUAA